GCGCCGGCAGCCGGCGGUUUCUGUCGCGGAUCUCUGUUCACCCCGCAUUACCCCAGUCCGCCGCAUUCGUCUCCUCGCAGCCGCUGGAGGUCUGGCGUGGCGCGACGGCUCCCGGGCGGCCGCGGAGUCGGAUCUGUGUCUGUGUACGUGUGGAUCACAACAUCGCCCUUCAGUGCAAGUUCUCCCGUUCCCCGCGGACUGGCGGUUGAACUUCUAUCACAUAAGUGGAAGUGGUAUAUCAUCUUUGAAGAGUAGAGCAAAGCAAGAGCAAUGUGGGCAGUACCUUCAUCUGAGUGCAGGUGUGCUCCUGCUUUUCAAUUGUGAUCAUCUGCAGUGUCUUUAAAAGAAAAACAAAACCAAACCAACUCUAUUUUGGGAAAUGUGCUGUGGUUUAAAAAGGAGGUUUUUGCUCCUCUAUGCAACACAAAAGGGGCAGGCAAAAGCUAUAGCUGAGGAAAUAUGGCAGCAGGCAGGUGCCCGUGGAUUUGAAGCUGAUAUGCACUGUAUGAGUGAAAUGGACAAGUAUAACUUGGAAACAGAAAAGGAUCCAGUAGUUAUUGUUAUUUCCACUACUGGUACUGGAGACCCACCAGACACUGCCCGCAAGCUUGUGAAGAAAAUUCAAGACACGACAUUGCCACCUGAUCAUUUCGCACAUCUUCAGUAUGGAUUGCUAGGUCUGGGAGAUUCAGAGUAUACGUUCUUCUGUAAUGGUGGAAAGACAGUAGACCAACGACUUCAAGAACUUGGAGCCCGGCACUUCUACGACACAGGAUUAGCAGAUGAUUGUGUAGGUUUGGAAUUAGUAGUUGAUCCUUGGAUUGAUGGACUUUGGCAUGCUCUCAAGGAAGUAUUUCUAUUGCAGAAAGAAAGAGAAGGCAUGAACAGUGGUGUUGAUGCUGUUUCGAACUCUCUCUCUGAAGCCCCGCAUGUUGUGCAUGAACUAAACUUAAGCUCCGAAGUACAGAAUUUAAAGCUGGAACAUGAAGGAGUGAAGAGUUCUGAUGUUCUUUCUCAGAAACUGGUUGACAUCAGCCUUGUGGCUUCAAAUAGAGAGAACGAAGCUUCACUUGUUCAUUCUGUCCCUCCUAUCUCUCAGUCUGCUCUUAAUAUUCCUGCCUUACCACCAGAAUAUAUAGAGGUGCAGUUUCAGGACACCCAUGGUGAGAAUCCAUGUUUGUCCUCACUGAUUUCAGAGGGAGCAGUCUUUGAAGUGCCAGUUACAAAAGCAGUCCAGCUCACUAGAGAAGAUGCAGUAAAAACAGCAUUACUCUUAGAACUUGAUAUUGCAGAUACAGUCUUUGACUACCAACCUGGAGAUGCCUUCUGUGUGAUGUGUCCCAAUAAUGUCAGUGAGGUAGAAGAACUUCUUCACAUCUUAGAACUUUCUGAAAAAGGAGAUUACUUCGUUUGUGUAAAGGUUAAGCAGGGCACUAAAAAGAAAGGAGCAGCUCGUCCACAACACAUCCCUGAAAGAAGCACUCUGAAAUUCAUUCUAACCUGGUGUUUGGAAUUAAGGGCAACUCCCAAAAAGGCAUUUUUGCGAGCUCUUGUAGAAUGUACGAGUGAUGUGAGAGAAAAACGGAGGCUUCAAGAGCUUUGCAGCAGACAAGGAGCCUCUGAUUACACACGCUUUAUUAGAGAUCCUAAUGUUUGUUUGCUGGAUUUAUUACAUGCUUUUCCAAGCUGCAAGCCUUCGCUUAACCUGUUAAUUGAACAUCUUCCUAAAUUACAAGCCAGAUACUAUUCAGCAUCAAGUUCAAACUUAUAUCAGCCAGGGAAACUGAGUUUUGUGUUUAGUAUUGUGGAGUUUGCUGCCUGUCCCACUCGACCAGUCUCACGGAAAGGAGUAUGUACAGGGUGGCUUGCAGAGUUAGUUGCACCUCAGCUGCGUGCCAACAGAAACACUGUGGAUACAAAUAGAGGAAGCUGUUCAACUGAAAAGAUAUCUAUUUUUGCUCGUCCAAACAAUGCUUUCCACUUACCUUCAGAUCCAUCUGUCCCACUCAUGAUGGUUGGCCCAGGAACAGGAAUUUCACCAUUUAUUGGUUUCCUACAGCAUAGGCAAAAGCUCAGAGAGGAACAUACAGACUGGGAAUUUGGAGAGACAUGGCUGUUUUUUGGUUGUCGGCAUCAGGACCGAGACUAUUUGUUCAAAGAUGAGCUCAGAUGUUUUCUUGAAAAUGGCACCUUAAAUCAUCUUAAGGUUUGUUUCUCAAGAGACUCUUCUUCGACUGCAGAAGUAGCCCCACCUAAAUAUGUGCAAGAUGUCAUUAGGCUUCAUGCUAAGGAAGUUGCCAGAGUCCUGCUGAAAGAGAGAGGUUACUUCUAUGUAUGUGGAGAUAAGAAGCACAUGGCUGAUGGUGUAAGUGAUGCUGUAGUGGACAUUUUAAGCAUGGAAAUGGAGACCGACAAACUGGAAGCAAUGAAAUUCCUGGCCACUCUUCGAGAAGCAAAACGAUAUUUGCAGGAUGUGUGGAGCUAAAUAUUUAGCAUUUCCUAUGCUUUUGUAACACUGAAGAUUUUGUUUCAUACAUGCUUUUGACUAAAAGUUAUUGUCAAAAGUGUGGUCUGUAGUCACCCAAAUCUUAAUUUUCUCCAUUGACCUUUCAAGCAGGAAGAUGAUAAACACGUUUUAAAUGACAGGAAACCAGCUGCCUUUGGAAUUGUAUGGUGGUUAACAAUGUUAUAUCAUGGAUUGUCUCAGUGCCUUGAUUCUCUCAUUUUAAUGUCAGUUUAAUGCAGAAAGCAAAUGCUUCUGCACUUGUACAAAUACAAUUGUAUGUUUGCAUUUUAUCAUCGGGGUUUUUUUCCUAUAAUGUAUACAUAAAUAAGCUACAGAGUAAAUAUAUUACACACUGAUCUAUACAUCACCAAAUACAUUACAGACUUGCCAAGACUGCCUCUGUAAACCCUUUCCUGCUCAACUUUGUGAAUAGAAUAGGAAAAGACUUUAAAAUAAACAAACAAAACACAAAAAAAAACCAACCCAAAAAACAAACUCUUGGCUGAUAAACUGCUUUUUACCCCAAGGGAACAGGGCAGAGUCAAGUUGUGUGCUGUGCUUAUUGAACCCAUUUCACACAUAAGUCUUAUCCUAUUUUCGAUUGCUCCUGGGGAACAUGUAGUGUGUUGCUGACUGCGUGGGGUUUUUGGUAAUUAAGCCCAAGGCUACUGUUUCUGGCAUAACUGCAUUCCAGUUUUACUUUGGAACUAGAAAUGGAGUCUGGAGGUCAGCUGAGGCCUGUUUGCACAUGUGUGCAUGGGUCCUUUCCAACCCUAACUAUUCUAUGAUUCUGUGAUUCUAUGAUCUAUGCGUAUUUUAUGUGGACUCUCCCAGUAACAGUGGCCUACUGUGCCAUUAGCUGUUGUAAAUACUCUGAAAUUCCAAAUUUUGUUUAAACCAUCCCUGCAUAUACUUCUCCAGAGGUUGUAUUUUAUGUUACCUAAUAGUAGUUACUAGGCAAAGAUGAAUUGUUACAUAAACCAUACUGAAAACACAUGCAUGUUUUAACUAAAUGUUACCAUUUGCCUUACUAAUAGUACUUCCCAGAUGAUAGUGUUUCUGUCGAGGAUAGAAAUACUUUGUUAAGUUCCAUGCUUGGCUAAAGUAGUUUCCAUGCUGGAUAUGAUCUCAGAAACCUAUACCUGAAGACUUUGUGCUUUUUAAAACCUUUGUCAAUACCAUGCCAUAGAUAAUUUUAAAUAUACCUUACCCAUAAAUCCUCUGCUUGAAUGGACAAAUUCAGCUGCAGCUGUAUAUAAUGCUGAAUUCCCCUUAAAUAACCCAUUAUUCUGUAGGUGAUUUUUUUUUGAAAGAAGAAUAAAAGAACACCUAUAGUGAGCAGUUAUGAAAUGACCUGUCUGAAGCUCAACUUUGAGCUUUAGGGUUCACAUGAAAUCACAUGCUUGUUACUUUUAUUUUCUAUAAAGUAAAUAUGGGUAUCCUCAUUGUGUGUUUAUGCGUUUAGCAAUUGAUAUGUUGGUGGCCUUGCAAAACCAAUGUAUUAAUGUCUCAGUUUCACUGGAUAUCCCUUCUAGAAAAAGGCCUGGGGUUGUUUUGCUCAGCUGUCAUCCUUGGUGUCAAGCUGACACAGCUUCAGAGUUUUUCCUGCUCUUUGAAUGGAAACUUUAUGCCUCCAUCUCUUGAUUAUCUCACUCCAGUUAUGCUUCAUCUGAGUUGGGAAGACCAAAACAAUCCAGUAAUCCAGUUUCAGACAUCACAGUGAUUUUAUAAUAAAUAACAGCAGAAUAUU